UCCUCAGUUUCUUUUAUUAGCAUAUUUUUUCUGUUCUUCAGGUAUACAAGACUGUGUAAGAUGCUUUUUCUGCAAUGGAGGUAUGAAAAAUUGGCAGACAGGAGACAAUCCAUGGGUCGAACAUGCGAAGUGGUUUCCCAAUUGUGCAUAUCUUAAACUGUGCAAAGGAGAAGCCUUUGUUAACAUUUGCAGCUCUUCAGUUAAUGCUGAUAUUGUCACUGUUUAUGAUAAUGAGUCGCAAAUGGAUCAAGAAAAUUGUCCCGAUGAUUGGUUGAUAGAGAAUAUAAACAGUGCUGCGGCCAAAAUUGUGUUAUCCGUGGGAUAUAAACAAGAGGACGUUGAAAAGGGUGUCAUGUUUGCAAGGCAGAAAUACGGUAUGUAUAGAGAAGGCAUAUAAGAUUUUAAAUA